GAAAGUGAUUUGGUGAUACAAGUUAAACCAGACAAGGUCGGUCCAUACGUUGGGCAAUACUCCGGUUUUUUUAGACUUAACUGAAUAUAAAAACCCGCAAACAACCCAAUCUCAUCAUUCAAUUCCUCCACCAUGGCAUUCAAGUUCGUAGUUUUCGCUGCUUUGAUCGCCGCCGCUCGUGCUGGUGUCAUCGGCGCCCCCGCCGUCGCCGCCCCUCUGGCCUACGCCCAUGCCCCCGUAGCCGUAGCUCACGCCGCCCCCGUUGCCGUAGCCAAGACUGUCGUUUCUGACGAAUACGACCCCCAUCCCCAAUACUCCUACGGAUACGACAUCCAGGACGGUUUGACCGGAGACAGCAAAAACCAACAAGAAUCCCGUGAUGGGGAUGUCGUCCACGGCAGCUACUCCCUCACUGACCCCGAUGGUACCCGCCGUACUGUCGAAUACACCGCUGACCCCAUCAACGGGUUCAACGCUGUUGUGCACAAGGAACCCCUCGUAGCCAAAGCUGUCGUCGCCCCAGCUAUCGCCAAAGUAGCCGCCCCUGUAGCUUACGCCGCCCCCGCCCUUAUCCAUCACUAAGAUGGAUAGAACCUAAAUUAUUCUUUCUUGUACAUAUUCUUUCCUAUUUCUUAAGUAAAAAAGAAAACAUA